UUCACCACAGCUUGAAUCAUAGCACAUGUGAAAAGGUUCAUCUUUAGGAGGAGGGAAUGAUAAUAUUAAUAAAAAAAAUCCCUAGAGUGAAAAAUUGGAUGAACUCCUUUCAGUGACAUCCUCUGGUGAAAAAUUAUUACUGCAGACAUAACAUGCAGCAGGAGAAAUAAAUGAAUGCUUCCAAAAAUAGCGCUCACCUUGUGGAUUGUAUUCAACCACAUUCAGGCUUUAUUUGUCAGUAUCAUGUUCAGCAGAUCUGCUCCAUCUCCACAGCAUAAUAAAUACUGCAUGUGCUGAGCAUGUAUGUUCCGAGUGAGGAUCUUACAGCUCAUUACACCAACUUUGACUCUUGUCUUUGGGCUGAAAAGGGGGGUCUGUUCUAAAUCUAGCCAAUCAGAGAGACAGUUUUUUUUUUUUUUAUCUUCUCUCUUGCUCAGUUCAGCUACUAGGGCCCAUUUGUUAGAAUAAUUACAUGGCUGUUGACUGCAACCCAGCUUCAAAUAAAAUCAGCACUGCGCUGGUUCAAAGCAGCAGAAUCAUCACAUAAAAUGGCUGCUCACUAGAAGAACAACUCAUAAGCUGAAAGAAUCCACAGAGAACAACACUGAUCGGUUGUUUACAGGGGAUGAUCUGGACAGAGACAUGCUGUAGAGUAUCUUUGUCCUCCCUCACUUUUUUUGCUCAGAGUGGGCUGUGCGCUCCUGAUUUAUUUUGAGGUGGUCUUAUCACAGCUGUUGUAUCUGUGGUGGCAGCUUGUCCGAGCCCCUCGACACUCUUUCUUUUCCCCCUCUGGCCCUUGGUCCUGAAUAAUGGAGACUUGUCAGGAGAGCAGCCCUGCCCCCAUUGGUCCUGAGGCAUCGCCGUCCGACGACCGCCACAUCGACCUGACAGAGGACUUAGGCCAACAGCUGGAGGACAUCAUUAGCACCUACCAGGCAGCCCAGAUUCCAGCUGAGCCAGAGGACAUAGAAGAGGUCACAGCCGCCAAAGAGCCAGAUGCCCGCAAGGACCAGAAACUGGAGAAGAAGAUGCUCAAAAAUCUAGGGAAGGAAGCCAUGCUGCUGAUGCAAAGUCUGAACAAACUUGACACUCCAGAACAGAAACUGGAGGCCAUCAUCAAGAAGCAUGCUGAGCUCCUGGAAGAGCAUCGCAGCGAUCAGAAGCAGAUGAAAGUUCUGCAGAAGAAGUUACUCCAAGUGAUGAAGGAGAAGGACCAGCUUCAGAGCGAACACAGCCGGGCUGUGUUGGCUCGCAGUAAACUGGAGGGGCUGUGCAGAGAGCUGCAGAGACAUAACAAGACUUUAAAGGAGGAGACGCUGCAGAGGUGCAGGGAGGACGACCUCAAGAGGAAAGAGAUCACCACCCAUUUCCAGGGGACUCUCAGUGAGAUUCAGUCCCAAAUAGAGGAACACAGCAGUCGCAACACCAAGCUGUGUCAGGAGAACAGCGCUCUAGCUGAAAAACUGAAGGGACUCAUUUCACAGUAUGACCAGCGAGAGGCGAACCUAGAAAAGGUCUUCAAGCACCGAGACCUGAAGGAGAAGCUGCUGGAAACCAAACUCACUCAGGCAAACACGAUCCUUAAGGAAGCAGAGGAGAAGCAAAAGCUGGAAAAAGAACACCUGCUAAAGCAGGCGGCAGAGUAUAAACUUCAGCUGAAGGUUAUGAAGGAGCAGGAAAUCGAAACGAAAGGCCAGCUUGACAUGUACUCCAAGAAGUUUGAUGAGUUCCAGGGAACAGUGUCAAAGAGUAACAGUGUGUACAGCAGCUUCAAACAGGACAUGGACAAAAUGGCAAAGAAAAUGAAGAAGCUGGAGAAAGAGUGCCAGUCAUGGAAGACUCGUUUUGAUGGUUGCAACAAGAGCCUCAUUGACAUGGUGGCAGAUAAAGCUAUCAAGGAAAAAGAGUUUGAGCUUCUCACAUUCAAGAACCAGAAGCUUGAGAGUCUCUGCAGGGCUUUGCAAGAGGAAAGGAAGAAUCUACAUGAGAAAGUGCAAAAAGCACAACCAGACAUAAACCCGGCUGAGCCAACACAGAAGGAAGAUACAGAGGUGCCAGAGGACCUAAAAAAACCCAAAGAGGACCACCCAGCCCUAAACUCUGCACCCCCUGCCUCUGCAGGAGCAGCAACACCCACGGCCCCACUGACCGAGAAACUGGCCAAGCUGAAGGCUGAGCAGGCGCUUCUGAAGGAAAUUGCUGGUUCUUUCACAAUCUCUCAUGCUGUACCUACAGAAACAAGCACCUGCCAACCACAUGGACUCACUGAGGGCAUCCAGGGGCAAGAGGAUAAUCACACAGAGGAUAGCGAACAACACCAGGAAGUCCACGAGGAUGGGUAUCAAGAACAGAGAGAUCUGGAGAUGGAGUCAGUUGAUUAAUCCUGAAACCACUGUCACAAGAAACCUGACACACAAGAGAUUCAUAGAAA